AUGAAAGAAGUUAGGCUUCCUCCAUCUGCCUACCAGACGAUCGUCACACAUGCCCUUUCACAUGAAAACGAGGAAAUUAUAGGUCUCCUCUGUGCGAAAGAGCAUGAUUCUUACAUUCAAAUCUACACAGCUAUUCCUUUUCGUCGCAGCACUCAUCUUCGAGAUAGAGUAGAAGUUAGUGAUGAAGAUAUUGUACUGGGUUCCCAAAAAGCUGAUGACCUCGGGGCUAGCUUGCAAGAAAACCUGUGUGUCCUUGGCUGGUACCACUCACACCCUCAUACCACGGUACAACCAAGUGAUGAAGAUAUUCGUACACAGACCCUCUAUGAAAAACUGAAUCCGUGUUUUUUUGGUCUUAUCGUUUCCGUGUUUGAUAAUGAUGACGCCAAUAAGCAACAAACAAUCAACAUAACGUGUUUUCGCUCCACUGCGGCUGUCAAACUGAUCAUUGAACCAACUUCGGAGAUUAGCCGUGUGAAUGACUACUUCACUGCGUGCAUGGAAACCUGGCGAUCGAUUCCUCGUGUAUUGCUCGAUGAAAUAGCAGGCGAUCCUGAUGACUGCAGUAAGCUUGAUCCGUCAUAA